UGUAGAACUCCGGAAACAUGGCGUCUGCUAGGCUGCGCAAAUUUGCUGGAGCAAUUUUCUCCGAAUAUAAUUUAUUAACGCGAAGAAAACUAGCAAUACCGAUAGGCGGGAGAACCGUGGCCAACAUCUCUAAGAAAUCAGGGAAUGACAAAAAUGAGGAAGAGAUUGAGGGGCCGAAGCAGUUCACCACUAGUAAGGCUGCUUCUUGGAGGGCUGUGCAAUCAAGAUCAGGAAGACUACCGGAUGAUGAGGAACCUUGGUAUCAGGAUUACGUUGUGAUUGGGAGCACAGCUGCGGUUCUUAUAUAUUUUGGCAUUCUAAGGGAAGAAAACGAUAUUGAUAGAAUAUUCGAUUUAACGCUCUACGAUCACAUAGAGGGUCUGGAAGAAGUUCAAUUAAGAGUUGCCCUGGAGUUUAAUCGGGAACGUAAUCUUGACACAAAACCUAUAGAGGCGAGAUUGAGGGAAAUCGAAGAACAAAAAAUGAACCAAUAGUUUCUACAUUAACUAUUUUCAUUUAAUCUUAUGUUUUGAUUGUAUGUCUGAAAAUUGAGUUCCACACUACCUGUUAGUAUAAAUAACCGAGUGCUUUCGUGGCUUAGAAAUUGCUUGGAAAUAUUUCAAUAGCUUGUAAAUAAUUAAAUAUAUAGUAAAGAAUAAUAAAUAACGAAA